GAAACUACAACUCCCAGCGACGAUCAUGCUUACUUCUUACAAGGUCAGAGGUGACAGGCAAGUUUGGAGAGGGCCAUUUGCUUGAGAAUGACAGAAAAUAAAAAUAUAUGUAAGAAAAUGAAAUUGUGAGACCCUCGGGGCAUCCUUCCCAAAACUGCUUUGUAUGGGGCAUGUGGAACAUUUAGCAUCUGCGAAUGUUGUCUUCCUUCCUUCCUGCUGUAUUCCUUUAACAUUCCGUUUUGCCUUUCACAUCGUAAUGGGUCGUGGAGUAUUAACCAGCUACAUCAGUCAGCAGUAAUGUCAUCUGAAUUCAGGUCCAAUGACAACAAGGCUUUUGGCACCGUAACCUGGACACCUGCUUAGCUGUAAGCCAUUUGAAGGAAUCCUUAGCGAUGGAUGCAACAUCUCGUCCUGUUAGAUGGUUUGAUUGUAGGGCACACCUCUCGCAUUAUACGCAUCAUCACUUUGUAGUCUUCCUUCUCACGUUUUCUAGUUAUGCUUUGCUUCACUCAUCAAGAAAGACUUUUAGCAAUGUGAAGGUCAGCCUUUCUAAUCAGUGGACUCCAGCUAUUCAGAAUGCAUCUGUUCCUGAAUUCUACCCUGAAGAGGUAUGGGCCACCAACCAUUUGUUCCUGAACACAGAAGGAGCAACACUCUUCCUGGGUGUGCUAGACACUGUCUUUCUUUUUGCAUAUGCUGUGGGUUUAUAUAUAAGUGGAAUUGUUGGAGAUCGUCUGAACUUGCGAUUUGUCCUUUCCUUUGGGAUGUGCUCCUCAGCAGUUGUGGUUUUUGUGUUUGGUACUGUUACAGAAUGGCUACAUUUUUACAACAAAUACUUCUAUUGCAGUCUCUGGAUUCUGAAUGGCCUCUUACAGUCCACCUGCUGGCCUUGUGUUGUUGCUGUCAUGGGAAACUGGUUUGGAAAAGCAGGACGUGGAUUUGUGUUUGGCUUAUGGAGUGCUUGUGCAUCUGUUGGCAACAUUCUGGGAGCUUUUCUCGCCUCUUCUGUAUUGAAGUAUGGUUAUGAGUAUGCUUUCUUAGUGACGUCAUCUGUGCAGUUUGCUGGAGGAAUGUUUGUCUUCUUUGGUCUUCUCAGUUCUCCUAAGGAAGUAGGCCUCCCUGAGCCCACUGAAGAAGAUGAAAGUGAGGACAGAGAUGCUCAGAGGCCACUGAUGAGUGACACUGAAGAAGAGACAGAGGCUGAGGAUGAAAAAAAUUACUCUGUCCAAGUCUCUGAUUCAGUGAAACGACUGCAACAUCAACCCCAAGCUAUAGGAUUCUUUCAGGCUCUCUGCCUUCCUGGAGUUGUGCUGUACUCCCUGGCUUAUGCAUGCCUCAAACUGGUAAAUUAUUCUUUCUUCUUCUGGCUUCCAUUCUACCUGAGCAACAACUUUCACUGGCAAGAGGCAGAAGCUGACCGUCUCUCCAUCUGGUACGAUGUUGGAGGAAUUAUAGGUGGCAGCAUCCAAGGGUUGAUUUCUGAUAUCCUACGUAAACGAGCACCGGUGCUGGCAGUUAGCCUUUUGUUAGCAGUGGCUUCCCUAACUGGAUACAGUCAUUCUCCAAAUGACAAAGUGAUAAAUGCUGUCAUAAUGGCUGUAACAGGCUUCUUUAUCGGUGGACCAUCCAACAUGAUAAGUUCUGCAAUUUCCGCUGACCUUGGGCGUCAGGAGCAUAUCAGAGGAAGCAAGGAGGCUCUAGCAACAGUCACUGGAAUCGUUGAUGGAACAGGAAGUGUUGGAGCUGCAGUUGGACAGUACCUAGUGUCCCUGAUCCAAAAUCAAUUGGGCUGGAUGUGGGUUUUCUACUUCUUCAUCCUGAUGACAAGUUUGUCCAUUCUUUGCAUCUCCCCACUUAUACUGAAAGAGACCCGCUUGCUCUUUCAUGAAAGAUGUGCACAUCAUGUGAGAACGUGACCCAUGGACAUGAAAAGAAUGAUCUAACAGCAGUUAAUUUACAAGUGUUAACCAGAGUUCAACUUAAAAGCAGGAACUGUGAAGUCUGUUUUAGAGGUCUAUCAAAUGUAUCCCAGAAAGUCAGCUGUUUUUUCCCCUUUUCAGCAAGUGAAGACUGGUAUAAUUUAUCAAAUUUUUAGUGUCAUAAGACUGAGUUGUUUACAAAAAUCUUUAUUAUUCCUCUUGAAUUUUUAAAACAUUUCUGCUUUGUUUAAUCAGAUAACAGAACAAAAGUGAAAUCAGAAUUUGCACUGAGAGCACUUACACAAGAAUGGGUUAUAACUCAUUUCUGCAGCAGUGAUAAGGGCUCUACCUUGGUCACUUUACAACUACAUUGUGGGUGAGAAUAAUGUUUAUAGAUGGUCAUCACGUGUGUGACAAUUUCUGUAGCAUCAUGUAAAGAUCAAGUCAAUGGCAAAGACAGGGUUCAGGCACACAAUUCUCUUCAGUCAUAGCUGUUUUAGAUAUUAAGUAUUUAGUAAUUGUAUAUUUUAAUAUUUAUUGUGUUCUACUUGUGAAAGGAACAUAAGCCUUAUGGUUGAAUGCUAAAGUAAGAGGAGACCACAGAAUUUGUAAGUAAAACAGAACUUAAUUUACAGUAGAAGUAUACACUUUUUUCAUCGGUCCUGCUUUUCACAAAACUGUGUGUGUUGCUGAUUACAUCUCGUAACACUUUUUUCCUUAUAUUGAAUAUGAUUAUAUUGAUUUCCAUUAGAUUAAUAUAAUGCAAGCAAGAUCAAAUUUGAGAUUAAGCAAACAUGUAUUUUCUAUGGAAACCAGAUUUGCAGCACUUGCUUCCUGUUUUGUUUGUUAGGACAUGAAAGCCAUGUAUUUGCUGCUGUUUUAGCUAGAAAUAUGGUGCAACUUGUUAUUUUGCAAAUUUUAAUACAGAUUCCCUUAUGAUAUGUUGCCAAUAAAUUUUGUUGUACUUGA